GUGAGUCGGGUUUGGGGAAAUCGACACUUGUCAAUAGUCUCUUCCUCACAGACCUUUACAAAGACAGAAAGGUGCUGAAUGCUGAGGAGCGGAUCAUGCAGACAAUAGAGAUCACUAAACACACAGUGUCUAUUGAGGAGAAAGGAGUCAAGCUGAGACUCACCAUCGUUGACACGCCGGGCUUCGGGGAUGCUGUAGACAACACGGAGAGCUGGAAGCCGGUUGUGGACUACAUCGAUGAACAGUUUGAACAGUACUUUCGGGAUGAAAGCGGACUCAACCGGAAGAACAUUCAGGAUAACCGCGUGCACUGCUGCCUCUACUUCGUCUCACCUUUUGGUCAUGGUCUCAGGCCGAUGGAUGUGGAGUUCAUGGAGGCUCUACACGAGAAGGUCAACAUAGUGCCUGUGUUGGCCAAAGCGGACAGCCUGACUCCUGUGGAAGUCCAAAAAAUGAAACUGAAGUUGCGGCAAAUGCAGGAGGUUCUGCAGAAGAUUCAGGAACAGAUGCACCAUGGACAUUAAAACAGCAUUGCAGUUCUAUGACAACAUACUUUUAUAAUACUUUUUUAAAUUUAAAUACAGUUUUGAUUGAGAUAAAGUUAAGAGAUGUGUCGGGUUUAAUGUGUGUAACUGCAGUGAGUGUGUCGUUUUCUUGUGUGUGCGUGUGUUUUUGAACUAUAG